AACGCAACACUGUUCAGCGCCGAACCGCGGUUAGCUUGAUGCUAGCGCUCGGUUAUCGUUGGAUACUAUAUCUGAAUCAAAACAUUAAAGAAUGAAGACAGGCGCUGCAAACUGACCACAGCUUCAACACUACACGAGAAACCCUCCACUUCCCCCUUUUUUUUCUUUUUUCAGGAUUUAUCUUUAGAGGAAGAGAAGCCAUGUUUAGCUCUAAGACCGCCUGGUUUUCGAGCAGCGUGCCGCAAGAUCGCCUCGACUUUUGGAUGGCGGAAGGUGGGACCAUCAUAGAUUGGGGGCAGGCAGACUACCUCUUCAGCGCAGAUGCAGCAUGUCCCGACACGCUGAGGGUAUUUGAGAGCAACGAUUACAUAUCGAACAAGGUCACUGUUUUCCACAGCUUAUUCCUGUCCACCUGUGAAAAGCGGCAAAGUGUGAAAUCAGUGUGCAUCGGCCAUUAUGUGCUGUCUCCAGCUUCUGUGCAGGAUGAGGUGAGAGACGUGGUCGGUAGGUUGAUUUGGGAACAUGAGGACGAAGAAACCGUUGCACAGGACGAGCAAAAGUCUUCGUGCCUACCAGACGCCCCUCACAGUGAGCAAAAUGCAAGAGAAAGCAUAUCUGAGGAAUCAGACAUAGACUCGUCAGAGAGUGAAGCUCACCUAUGUGAACCUUUAAGAAGCCCAGCUAGUUUUGUGGCCCCGGGUAAACUGCUUAACUUGAGGAGAGACUACUCUGUCCUCACCGGUUACAUCAGCAUAGAGAACCUUCCGAGAUAUUCUGGUGAUCUGCAUGAUGUGCAUCCUGGGGUUUUCAGAUGCUCGAAAUGUAAAGCCUGCCUUUGUUUGGGGAAAAAGUAUGCCAAGGCACACUAAGAAAGGGAGAGAAAAAUAAUAAUAAUUACAGAAACAA